GUAUUUUUUCCCCCUUUCCUGGCUAACGGCAUACCCUGAAAUUAUUGAAUCGAUUGCAUUUAUACAUCCUGCAAAAUGUAGUGUUGUUGGUUUAUGCACGUUUUGGAUUACAUGCUGUAGGAUGUGUCAGGGUAAGGAGACAUGGGUGUACUAAAGCUAGCACUCACAGUUAGUAUAAAACAAUGGCAGCUGGGAGUAACAGAAGGUUAAUUUAGGCUAAUAAAAUCUCAAAUGGGUUAUCCCUGAAAGGCAUUUAAUUGCUUUCCAUUUGAGCUCUUGAUUGGCCAUGUUUCGCAAUGUAUUCAGAGGGUGUGUAUCUGACCGCAGCUCACAGGCAGAAGUUCUGAGAUCCCAAAAGCUUAAAUUUGGAGCUUCCUUGUCUUCUGCUUUGAAGCAUGGCUACUUGCCAGGUCCACUUGUGGACAUUUUGGUCCAUAUUGCUAAAGAGGGUGUCACCACUGCAGAUGUUUUUCGUCGCCCAGGGAAUCCGAACGAUACAAGAAGAAUUGUUAAGCGUUUAACAGAGGGCAAACAAGUGAUCUAUGCCAACUACAGUUUUUAUACUCUCGCCUCUGUUGUAAAGAAAUUUCUCCUCAAGAUUCCGGGUGGAAUUUUUACUCCAGAAGGUGAAGAGGAGCUGUUGCGUGCUUUGACGCUGACUCAAAAAAUGGAUCAGAUAGAGGCAGUGCAUAAUUUUAUAGAAACACUUUCUCCUGCCCAUCAGCAGCUUGUGGCCUUGUUGUUUGGUACUUGGUUUCGAAUAGUUACCUUUCAAGAGAAGAACUGUAUGUCUGUGGAGGCCUUGUCACGAAGUGUAGCUGGUAGCAUGUUUCAUACAUGUGCUGAAGACCCUGCUAAAGUAGAGAAAGCAAGUCGAAUCAUGCAAUUUCUGAUUGACAACUAUGGAGUGGAGAGAAUGUUUGGCCAGGAUAAUUUAAGAUUUUUUGCUGAAACAACACACACAGGGAUUCAUAUACGUGAGCUAUACCGCUACAGCUAUCGCCAGGAUGCACAAGUCAUUCCACGCAAGCAGGCAGAAUGUGUAUUUGUUGCAUUCAUUGAAAAAGAAGCCUCCAAGUAUGGGUUUGACAUUAUCAAAGAUGCUGUAAUACCAGAUUUUAUUGAGGUGACUAGGAUGGAUAAGGAUGAGGAUGAUGAGGAUUGUGGACUGGGGCGUGACCGAGAGUUCAGUGAGAGCCCGCAGCCGUCCCCUACUGCCUUGAGACACUUGGACCUGUCAACAGAUGACGCAGAAGAUUCCCAGAUGAUGAUCAACGUUUCAACUCUCUCAGCGCCAGAAGUUUCUUUAGUUCCUUCACCUGAGGUUACAAAGCGACCCAAAUCUUUAGAAGAUAACUUGAAUGAAUUUAGAUCUCACUACCAAAGUCGGUGUCUAAGCAGAUUUAAUUCAGUGAAGCGUAAACAACUGGAAAGGUUGCGUCAGAGAUCGGACUGGUUUCUGAGCCCCACAGUGAGAGAGAGAAACAAUAGUCGAAAGGGCAAAGGUGAAGGUAGUCUAAGUCUGUUUGCCAGUAGUGCCAGCAACAGCAGCAACCAGCACCGAGGCAACGGGAACAACAACGGGAAGGGUAACAAGAACAAUCAAUCCAAUGGCAGCAGUAAAGUUCUGCAACAAAAAAACUCAGGGAACUCUGUCGUAACUAAAGCAUCCUCGGAGGGGGCUGUUCUGGAGGCUUUCUCUGAUGGGGACAGUGUGUUUACUGACAACACAAGUCGCAGUGAAUCCCCUGCCUCAGAGCCUGUGUGGUCUCACAUUCUUAAAGUUCAUUCUCGAGACAUCAUCCACAGUGAUACUAUAGCCGAACUAGGCCCACCUGAGCUGAGCUUGUACGAGGGUAGCUCCUGCGCUGAUCUUAGCUUAGAUUCCCAUGACAAUAUAAGCGCUCAUCCACUAGGCUUGUCCCCUUCUUCUAUCCGAAGCCUUUUGGAGGAGAGAGUGAGAGAGAAAGGGUAUGAGGAAGAUGACGAUGAUGACGACAACACCACCCCCACGGGGAUCCAAGAAGAGGAAGACACCACCCUGAUGGCAUCAUCCAUCCCAGAUCUCCAGCAGCAGGAAGGGGAGGAGGAGACAUAUGGGCAGCAGCAGCACGGAGGUGACCAGAACCAAGCAGCACACCCAGAGGGCAGUGAAGACAGCACUCAAGUAGUCCAAUGUUUUUUAGUGGAAAAUACCUAUGGGGGAGAUUCCUAGCAGCAACCCUUUUUGUAUUGCCUGGGCUUGGAGUACUUGCUUUCACUUGUAAUGUGCUUUUAGUUGGGUUUUCUUUUUCUUCUUCUUGACUAUUUAAUUCUUUUCAUGUGUGAUAUUUGUGUUGUAUAAAUUGAAAUCUCAAUUCUACUUUUUAAAUACUUAAGGUGUUUACUGUCAGCUUUAAAAAAAAAUAGUUUUUGUUAUUUAUUAUACAAAUGGUGAAACAAAUCUAAACUAAGUAUAAAAUAUGGACUAAAAAUGGCUUUGUGUAGAUAUUUAUGUUAAAAAAAAAUUAUAGGUUUAUAGCAGUUGUUGCUGUUAAGAAAUCUUGUUUUACAGAUCUGUUGCUGGAAAUUUAAGAAUAUGUCUUUAAGAUGUUGAAUGAUCUCUUUUUUUUUUCCAUUAUAAAGUUAGCCAAAGAGAAGAAAAAACCAAAGAAAUGAAACACUAGUCUGGAAGUUUUCUAGUCCUGAUUAGGUCAUCAUUUCUCUUUUGUGCUGCCAUAACAUUUGUGAUUUAUUUUUUUAAAUUGUGAUAUAUAAUGGCUAAGAAAUUAGUGAUGAAUAUAAUUUAGUGGCUAGAUGCACACUUUCAUUUUUAAACUUAAUUGUAACUAUAGAAAAAAAAAACAUUAAGUUGAUUUGUAUUAUUUUUCUGAAACAGAUUUGCAAAAGUAUCAUAGUAUAAAAUUUGUCUGAUUAAUCUUGUGUGAACAUUUAAAGCUAGUGUUGUUCUAGGUUUGUUUUGUGUUUUUCUUAAGUUUCUAAAUAUGCAAUUGUAACUUUUUUCAUGUUUUAAAUGUUUUGCAAAUACCAAUCUACCAAGCCCUGCAAAUAUUCAAAUCCAUGUAAUUGGUUUUCUGUUUUUUUCAAUGAUUUGGAUCCCAAGCACAUUUGUUUUGAGGUGACCAGAACAUUGUGGUUGGCAUGCAAGUUAAGUAUGUCUGUGUGUUUAUAUAUAAAUAUGCAUAUAAAUAUUUAUACAUAUUCAUAUAUAUGAAUAUGUAUAUAAAUUUAUAUAUAUAUAUAUGAAUGAAUGUGCUAUUUAGCAGGAUCCAAAAACAAAUCCGUUUUUUAAAUCUAUAGAUUCUUUUAUAAAUUGAAGCCAACAUUUUGCUUUAAUGUAAUCCUUUUUAUACACUUUGCAGUUAGUUGUAAAUUACUUGCAACAAGUAUACUUUGGGUGUCAGUUAUUUUUGUAUAUUGAAAGAAAGGUUUUCUAUUUGCUUGCUUUAUUUUAUUGUUGUAAAAAAUGUCUAUAUAAUUCUGUACCAAAAUUGGAAUGCACAGGGUCUUGCUCCACCAAAUCUACAUAUGUUGUUUUGAAUCUCAUUUCUUUUAUCUUACUGUUGAGCGAUGGUCAACUGAUAAAGGCUAAUACACAAAAUCAGCUUCUUUAUUUCAUGUUUGCUAUUUAUUUUUAUAUUUGAUGACUGUUAAAGCAUUUAUUUUUUACAAGUAAAAUGGGCUAAACUAUUGAGAUUCUCAACUAAAUGUGAUUAAAGUGUAAGGAUAUUUGGUGUGAUGCACUGUUUUUAAGAAUUGCUGAAGAGAAUUUUGACAUACCUGCCAGUGUGUGACAGGUAUAAACAUGGUACUCGUGCCUUUUAUUGUGUUCUUCAACACAACUCACAUUUUAUCACAUUUCUCUCAGCCUGACACAGCCCUCCAUUUCUGUUGACUAGAUGUACUUGACUAGUAAACCACCCUAGCCCACCUAUUCUACUAGAAGUUUAUUUAUAAGUAACCAUUUCAAUCAAACUGGUAUAUUUAGCCACUCAUUUCUGUGAUUUAAAUGUAGUAGAACAAAUUGGUCUGGAAAGUUUAUGUUAGUGCCAUAUUAACAAGCUGUAUCUCAUAUAAUUGUAAAUUUGGCCAAAUGGGAGAUAUUUACUGAGCAUCUAGACCUAGGCUACUCUCUGUGGUCAAAUGCACUUAAUCAAGUUGAUGACUAGAUUAGUUGAGUUCCUGCUGAUAAUUAAGAUCUACAGCUAGUAUUUUUUUAUGCCACUUGUAACAAGAAAUUCCACUUUGUCCUAGUAUAAUGCAAAAUAUUUUUGAUAAACUGUUUCACCAUUUCAAAUUUUUUUUUUUUGGCACAUGUAAAACCUGUUUAAACUAUUUUCUCUCCCAGAAAAAUCUUAAUUGUUUGAAAUGUUUUUUUUUUACCUAAAGCCAUAUGGAUAAUUUUUAUAGCACUUCUACAAAACAUUGAAAAAGUUUUCUUUCAUCACUGUUGAUAUGUGAAAUUUGGUUUUAGAAUGAAUGUUUAAUGUCAAUUACACAUGUUAGUUCUGUGGCAAGUUUGGUUACAUUUGUCUUAGUAAGUCAAAGGAUAUUUAGAUACCUUAAUCUUUAUUUUUUAAAAACCUUCUGGAUCAGAAACUUAAAAUCAGAGAAAAGAUAUACUUUGUAUCUAGAUAAAGAGUAAAACAAUGUUGUGCCUUAGCUAAUGUGUUGAUAGUGAAAUAGGUUUCAUAUUGCCAUAAUUAUUCACAGAAAUCAGAUAACUGUUGUUCAGAGGUUUGAUACAUAUAAGCUUUUCAACUAAAUUUGUAUCUUUGUAACCAUUUACAAUCUUUAAACAAUGAUUGAAAAUUAGUAGACUGUAAUGUCUAUUUUAAUUAAUUAAGGUAAUUUGAUAUGGCAAUAGUGAUAGAAUAUAAAUGCUUAGUACAAAAUCAAACAAAGGUGACUUGUAUAGUGAGAUG